AUGCGGGCGACGAAGAUGACGUCAUACAGGAGCGUCACGCCGCCAAUGUCGCGGGCGUCGUCCAGCGAACUGAUGUCUCCGGAUCUGUCGCGACAAAGGACCCAGUCGCCGGACUUCGCGCGACACCGGACCCAGUCGCCGGACUUCUCGCGGCAUCGGACCCAGUCGCCCGACCUGUCGCUCGACUUCGCGCGGCACCGGACCCAGUCGCCAGACCUGUCGCUCGACUUCUCGAUUCAUCGGCCCCUCUCGCCGGACGUGCUGGAGCGGACCCUGUCGCCCGACUUCCCGAGGAGGUCCCGCUCGCCGGCGCGCCCGCGCUCCCUCAUGGAGUCGCUGCUGGUCGCCAAAAUGGAGGCGCUCAGCACCGGAAAGCUGGUGCGCACUGACUCGCUGGACAGCUGCAGCAGCUUCGGCUCCAUGUCCUCGCUGCCGAGCGACGUGUGCCGCUGCGACGACUGCCUCUUGGGCAUAGUCGACUUCUACAUGCCGACGCUCGCGGACGGCAAA